CUCUCUCUCUCUCUCUCUCUCUCUCUCUCUCUCUCUCUCUUCCUCUCUGUUUUCUCGUUCCUUGCCCUUCGUGAACGUUCGCGGCGCUCGGUGAGAGAUCGAUUCUUCGAGCAACAGAGGCGGCUUGGAAAAGGCUGUGUACAAUGUUGGCUAGGCAGGACAACGUUGGGCGGAGUUGACGAGAGCCUGCGCAUAGGAAGAAGCCUAGUUGACUAACCCUAAUCAAGAGAAAGAGCGCGCACAUUCGUUGACGGUCAGUACAUCGAGCGAGAGGCGAGAAGCACCAUGGAUCCUUAUUCAUUAAGUGUGGAGCGGGAGGCUUCGAAGAACAUCGAGGAAAAUGAACGAGAAUGCUUCAAAGACGCGAUCGUUUCGAGUCGCAGCCUCAACAAAGGUUUCGUCGAGCCAACCAAUCUUAAAAAUGCCAUCCGAGAGAUUGCUGCGUGCAUCAUCUCAGCAUCUUUCCACAUAGCGGUAGGCUUCAUCAUGGCAUACUCAGCGACUCUCAUCCCACAUCUCGAGAAGGAAGACGCAGAACUACAUGCUACACGAGAGGAGACUUCCUGGAUAGCCAGCUUGGUCGUCGUUAGCUCGCCGAUUGGUGCCCUGCUGGGCGGCUUCUUGAUGGAGACGUUCGGUCGUCUGAGAACCCUGCAGAUUGGCGCGAUUCCCUGCGUAAUCGGCUGGAUUCUCAUCGCCCUUUCGACGAAUAUACCGAUGCUGUUGAUGGGCCGUUUGUUGUCCGGACUGGCGACCGCCCUGGCGACAUCGCCAGCGAUCGUCUAUAUCACCGAGGUAGCCAGGCCGGAACUGCGUGGCUCUAUGAUCUCGUUCGGACCGACGCUGGCGUCAUUCGGAAUGUUAUUAUCGUAUUUGAAAGGCGCUUACUUACCAUGGCGGCUGGUCGCCUGGCUUAGUAUCAUCUAUGCGGUGGUGCCCGUCAUUCUGGUGCAAUUCUUAGUGCCGGAAUCGCCUGUCUGGCUUGUCUCGAAGGGACGUCUGGAUGAUGCCAAGAAAUCCCUGGAAUGGCUUUACAAGAACGAGACGUCGCAGGACAAGAUUUCCGUAGCUGAGGCGCAGUUCACGACAAUUGUGAAGGAGAACGAAAUUAAAUUGAGCGAGCAACGGCGAAGUAAACACGGCAGCGUGGCCAAUAAGUUGCGGAGCUUCCUGAAACCGACUGGAUGGAAACCGAUGACGAUACUCUUCCUGCUCUUCUCAUUUCAACAGUUUUCCGGGAUUUACAUCACAUUAUUCUACGCGGUCACUUGGUUCCAAGAAGUGGGCGCGGAAGUCGAUGAGUACCUCGCGUCGAUUUUAGUAGGUCUGACGCGUUUCCUAUGUUCCAUGGUGAAUACUUGGCUGCUGAGGCGUUACAAAAGACGAGCAUUAUGCAUAAUAUCGUCCCUUGGUAUGACUCUUUGCAUGGGUGUUUCCGGUUAUUUUACGUUGAGCAUUCAGAAUGGUGAUCCCAGCGGUUACUGGGUACCAGUGUUUUGUCUAUUACUUUACGUGUGUACAUCGAUGAUUGGAAUGCUGACCAUCCCUUGGACCAUGACCGCAGAGCUAUUCCCGACCGAGAUCCGCGGAUUCGCUCACUCCAUCAGCUAUUCCAUGGCGAAUUUGCUCAUGUUUGCCGCGCUGCAAAGCUACAGAAGCCUGCAGGCUUUUCUGGGAGGAGCGUAUGCAGUGCAAUGGUUCUUCGCUGGUGUUUCGGUGGGAGCAGCUGUAUUCGUAUGGUUGAUGCUGCCAGAAACCCACGGGAAGAAGCUGUCGGAGAUCGAGGAGUACUUCCACAACAAUUUCUUGGCGUUGGGAGCGGAAGCGAAGGACAAGAAACGACGAGCUGCGAGGAGGGCUCAACAGAAGACGAAAUCGUCAGCAACUGAGCCACUCAAUCCGAAAAGCAAGCAGAAUGUUUAACGUUUUUUCUUCUCUUUCUUUCUUUCAAAUGAAUGCGAUAUGUGAUAGUCUCAGAGAAAAUGAUCGAAAAUGUCCGAAAUAACGUACAACUAUAGCCUCGAUUUUUGCACGAUGAAUUUUAUAACCUCGUUAAACGCGCGUUAAACUGUACGUGGGCAGCUAUUUAUACGCGCGAAUAUACCUAUAGUUUUGAUAUUAAUGAUAGAUUUAGUGAGAUUUUCAAUGCUUGAUGAAUCACGUCUGGCGAUCGCGGCGUGAAUAUUUGGGAAAGUAAUUUCAACAAUGAAAGGAUACAAUAAAUGAGACGCGAGAUUAAAUUUCAUCCCUAAUGUAAUCUCGCGUUAGUCUUCGUUUACAUAAAUGCAUAUAAAAACGAGCGAGGCAGUUUCUGAAAAGCUGAUAAUGCUUAUAUAUCUUAGGCUUAUGAAUCUUGAAAGAAAGAAAAAGAAAGAACAAAAUAUAACCGUAGGGAGAAUAUGCGAUUCCGUAAUUUGUUAUAUAUAAUAUAUAUGUUCUAUGUGAGAAUGAUCAAGCACAGUGCCUCCAUUUCAUAAGAAUUCCAUGCGAGGAGUAUUGUUACCGUAUAAUAUAAUAAAUUAUAAUACCGAUGAUGUCGUGUAGCGAUUAGAGAAUAAUGUUAAUUGUAGUUGGCAAGAUUUGCGAUGAGUAUUUCCGCUUUUGUUAAAGUAAACCGUGCCGUUAGAUCGAUGCUUUUUACAAAUCUUUAUGUUCAUAUAACAAACUGUCGCAAGUGCACAAACACUGCACCACUGAUUGCAGUUGUACCGAUGUGUUAAUCCUUGCGAAGACCGAUGUAUCAAUCAAACGCGACGGACUUUUGGCAAUCUUUCGAAGUGGAUCAACAUUCCUGCUUGCAAUCAAAUUCGCAAACUCGCGGCGAUCGGGCGGAUUUACGGAAAUGAGCGGAAAACUACGUUUACAUGAAUGCAACGUAAUGAAACCGAGCCAAUUAUCUUAAUUGAUUCGUUUGACUUCAAUCGCGUAUCGCGUCCGCUCUUACGUCUGCGUGGCGUCGUUUACUUAGGACCAGAAUAUACUUGAAUCACACUCGAUACUUAAUUUAGCGUGUUAGAAACGAAUUAUUUGGAUGGAGCGAGAUAUUCAAAAAGUGUCGUCCGAAUAAAAAUCAGCGACGUAAAGAUAACGUUUUUGUAAUAAUGUAAUUAACGAUACGAAAAUUUAUUAUUAAAAUUUAUUACACUAUCAUACACGAAUCAAGAAUAACUGGUUAAGUUAUAAUUAAUUACAUAAUUAUUAAAAAAUGUUAUCGUGCGUGCCUUAGUUGAUCUUAAGCUAUUUCGCUCGAAAAUCACGUUCCUUCUAAAUAAAAUAAAUUUUGGGACGAACGAAUCCACGAUGAACGGCGAAUCCACUCGAGCAAGGCGAACAAUCGAUUAUAACAAGCUUUGUAUUUUUAUACGUUAAACGUUAAAGUACGUUGAAGUAUGUGUCACAUACAUUAAAUAAAUUCUACGAUUUUUCUCGGUUUUUACGUCUUGGCGACUCGUUGCCGUUCGUCCGAAUUUUGUAAACUAAAUCGUUUUCUUUCCAAUUAAGAAUCAAUUUUACCAUUGUCGAUAGAGUCGAAUUUGCUUGUAAGUUAACCGAACGUUCGUUCAUGUCCAAGAUAGAAAAAGACGAAGAAACAAUUCAGCCAAAUUCGACGAAAUCAGCCAUCAACGAAUGUAUGUACAUUUUUAUGGCAUAUGUGAUAGAUGUGAUAUGUGAUUUCGUCAUUUUCUUUCUUCAGACAAUUUGUUUUUUAAUUAUGUAAGAGAUAGAGUAUAGUAGUGAAUUCCUCCUCAUGCAUUUAUUCAUGAAAAGGGUGACUUGAAAGAUUUCCGAGAUUCUUUACGCAUGAUAAAUAUAUUCUUAUCGAGUAAUUGCGUUUUCCAGAGAGUACUGAAACAUGGUGCUAUUAUCAACGAAAAAUGUGUAGAUUGGCGCAAUGAGAAAUGGUCUCGCGUCAUGUUCUGUCGCUCUUCUUUAUGUCACACGAAGCAAUGCGAUCAGAAUGAUAUUUACCAAUGUACUUUCUAUUGUUAUACAACCUCUUCUAUUACACUACACUUACAAAUCAUUGUAAAUUUGUAUUAAACUGUUCAAAAUAAAGUAUUUAUAACAGAAAA